ACAUUUUACUUUCAUAAAAAAUUUGGUUUAUAAAAACAGUGAACAAAAAAUGCCGUUAAAAAGUCCACGUAUACGCCAAAAGGACUUCAAGUCCAGUGGAGUACUUUCACAUAAAAACAAUUCGCCACGUGCUGCCUAUAACAAGCCACUGAUUGUCGGACAGCAACUGAAGAAGCCGUCUAGUUUCAGUCAGCGUGUUCAGAAGAAGACAGUCCUGAGUUCUGCCGGCAAGGAGAACGAGAACAAGAACAAGCAGUUGCAGUUGGCCAGAAACAAACCCAAGGCCAUUCUACUAACGCCAUCUUCAUCUGAUAAUUCACUGACCACCAAUUUCUCAUCUGAUGGAGGGUCUGUAAGCUAUACUCUUUUACCAACCAAUGAUGAUACAAAGGGCAAGCCUGUGGCUAACAAUGCCAUUAAAGAUAACGCAAUACCAUGUCUAUCUGUGUGUUAUCGUUCGCGUAAAUCUCUCUCUCAGAUAGAUUUUAAGGAGGCACUUCGUAGUUACAAUGGUCAGAUGGUUUCACGUUUACCCAAUUCCCAUGCUGGGGAUGGUAAUGGUGGGUCAUCGAAUUCGUUAACCAUUAUGCUGCUAAAGGAAGCAGAUUUGAUCUGUCAGGCCCGUGAGGUUUGUGAAGUGCAAACGCUUCAUAAGAUUGGGCGUGAUCGUUUCAUGCGUCCGGGCAACUUGCGCAUCUUUAAUACUCUAUUGUUGUACUAUUGUCGUCGUCAACGAGAUCAAGUGCGUCUACUUUCUGAGCAAGUGGAAAUUCAAAAACGUGGCUUCGUUAAGACCCGAAACAAAUUGCAUUUGACCAAUGUGAUGUUCGCUAUGAACGAGCGUUCCAAUGAAAUGCUUAACAAUCAAUUAUUGCAAGCCCAAAAGGACAAUGCCAACCAAAAAGCUUUAUAUGAUGAUCUUAAUAGUCUAUUUCAACUAACCAAGAAAGAGAAGACACAAUUAAUUGAAGAUUUGGCUUCCGUAAAAAUUGAAAAUGAAAAUUUACAACAAGUUCUGGAGACCACACAAAAGGAUCUGGUCCUAGCCAACAGUCAGCAGCGUGUCCUGUUGGAGCAAAUGACCCGAGUCAAACGUGAUUAUAAGGAUGUUUUAAAUGAGAAUGCCGAUUUGUUAGAACUGGUAGAACAGCACAAACUUGAGUUGAGAAUCGUAAGGGGUAAUUUGGAUAUAGUGACCGACCAUAAUGAAAACCUAUCAGAAAGAAUAUCGAUGUUAGAAAAAGAUGUAGAACGUGGCAAACUUGCAUUGCAACAGCAGAAAAAGAAGUAUUUGGGAAAAAUUGCCGUUAUUGAUGCCGAUUUAAAGCAAAGGACCCAAGCAUUGAGAACAGUUCAGAGCUGCUUUGCUGCCACUGUGGGUCAAAGGAUUCGACGCUACUUGAACGAGAGUCAAACGGACUCCACGACGUUUCCGAUAGGCACCUUGUACCACGGAGAUAAUAUAACCCUUCAAAACCAUUUCAAUCUUUUGUGAUUUGUGACACAUUUGCUGGUCAGCAGGAAACCCCCCCGUCCCACCAAGAGCGCUCCCCCUGCUAUAGAUGAUGUCUCUGUACUCAUUUUUCGUUUCUAUAUUUGAAUUAUUGUUUUGUUUAGUUUUAUUGGCGUAAAUUUGAAUAAUUUGUUACACUAUUAAAUUGUUAAACUGACCAGCAAAAA